CAAAAGAAGAAAAAAAAUGCAAGGCGUGACGCCUUAACUGCAGAGGGUAUUUGGAUAUUUACAAGUAUCCGCUCUGGUAUAAAUGCUGUUUGUGACUUCGUGGGAGCAGAGCAGUUGAUCAACUUUGUCAUUCAUGUUCUCAAAUAAAAUUUAUCAUCAGGAGCAAAGAAUAAAUUCAUGACUAUUCGGGUGGGGUUGGUCAAAUUAAGUGGAACCCACACGAUUUAGAGGAACGAUACGAGACGUAGAAGCUAGAUGGGACAGAAAAAGCAGCCUCCCUCCCUCCCUCGACGUGGGAGAUCCAAAGACCGCCACGACGCUCCCUGUGUAGUCUCUGUCGGUCCCGUAUCACAUACAUUAUUUGGGCUGACAUGUGUACUAAAAAUUAAAAUUAAGCUAUAUUUUACUAUGCCAAAAAUUUAUAACGUGAUGUAAUAAUUAUCAAUAAAUAUGCGCAGAAUUAAAAUUUAAGGCGUCGGUGGAGAGGCCCCGCCAGCGACUUUGAAGACGCGGCGUGAUCUCCACCGCUGCCUUCGCUUAUAAAGUGGAAAUUGGAAAAAGGUACUUUUGGCACACUACUAUUACUAUUCAUCCCUCGAUCGAGUCAGUUGAGGCUCGCCAAAAUUAGAAACCCCUUUGAGAGUUAAGAGACCAUCGUCUUCUCCGUUUCUGUUUGGCGUUUGUAAUGGGCAGAGCGCCGUGCUGUGAGAAAGUAGGGUUGAAGAAGGGGCGAUGGACGGCCGAGGAAGACGAGACACUGGCCAAGUACAUUCAGGCUCACGGAGAAGGUUCAUGGCGGUCUCUCCCAAAGAAUGCCGGAUUACUUAGGUGCGGGAAAAGCUGCAGACUGAGGUGGAUUAACUAUUUGAGAUCUGACUUGAAGAGAGGGAACAUAUCUGCGGAAGAGGACGAAAUCAUCAUCCAAUUGCAUGCAACUUUGGGGAACAGGUGGUCUACGAUCGCCGGUCACUUGCCGGGAAGAACAGACAACGAGAUAAAGAAUUACUGGAACUCUCACUUGAGCAGAAAAAUUCAAAGCUUUAGGAGGCCUGCGACCGAAGUUUUAAGUCCAUCCGCGACGGAUUUGGCUAAGGCCGGCGUUGCUUCUAGGCGAAGAGGCGGUCGGACCAGCCGAGCUGCCAUGAAGAAGAACCGAAGCUAUUUUCCAACCAAUAGUAAUGAUCCAAAGUCAAAUACAGAGAAGUCCCAAAUAAAUAAUGGGUUCGUCAAUGGAGGAGCUUCCACUACCACUACAGUACCAAUGCCAUCAACGCCAAAUAUGGAGAGAGAGGCUCUGUCCAGUGCCUCCAUCUCAUGGCCAGAAAAUGGUGUGGCUCCAGUUUUCUCGGACUCCGUAGAAGCGGGAAAGCAAGAUGGAAUAAUGGGUCGUAGCUGGGAAAAAGAAAAGAGAGGGAGUGGAAAUGGGAGUUCACCAAUGUCGUCCAUCGAGGGUUUGGGAAGGUAUGAAGGACAAAAGAGUGGGGGGCCGUGCUGCUUUGAUGACACUGUCACUGUGGGCUAUGACUAUGAGCUGGUGGACGUGACUUUUGGAGAGGAAAGGGAACUCGCUGCAGCAGCCAUUAAUGAGCAGAUAGACACGGGAAUGGCCACCAAAAUUGGAACAAUUGAGGAUCUAGAGACGUUUAUUAUGAACGACGGAGAUUGGAGCUGGGAUUUGGACUGGGAGGCUGUAGCUGAAGGCCAUGAACAUAACCAGCAAUUGGGGGAGGAGGAGAACGUGUUGCCUUGGUUGUGGGGGGAGUGAUUACGGGGAAGAUCUCAGUAAACUGCUGGGGAUUAACAGUAACGAUUAACGAAAAGCAAGAAGCCAUUUCUUCUUCUGUUGGACUGUACAUAAUUAAUUUGUUUUUUGUACUUGGUUGGUUGGUCGGUCGGUUCUACUGCGUUGUCGUAAAUAUUGAUUUAUUUGGCACAAAGUGAAUUCGGACUUCAGUGAUAGGAUUGAAACUUUUCUCGGUUUGUUACCAUGAAAUUAAAAGUCUUGUGUGGCUGGCUGCCAAUAAGUUAGAGACAGCAUGCAUGAUUAAUCCCAAUCUCAAUCCUUGAGAGGCCAAAGCCCUGGCCACUUCA